ACAAAAUUGUAGUGGAUGUGACAUUCUAGAAGCAUGUUCCACUUCUCUCCUUGGUCUUCCACCAUCUCACUAAUUCAUUCGGAACACAAAGUUGGAAAAAUAAGUGAAAACGUGAAAUACCAAAACUACCCAUAGUUCCCACAAGUAGUCCUAUUUGCUUUCCAGAAAAACCAAACUCAACCCAUUCGCUGCUUCUUUCUCUAGCUCCGAACAAAGAAGAACCAAAACAAAUCCAUGUUAGACAUGUCGGAAUCUGUACUAACGGCGAUGUACAGUUGGUUCACACCGACCGUACUCUUUGUCUUCCUCAACUUAAUGAUAGGCACCAUCGCCAUUAGCUCAUCUUUUUCUUCCACCAAAUCCAACGACCCAAAUCAAACUCAGAUCCAACGCUCUCCUUCCAUGAUUCACCGUCUCAAAUCCAUAAACUUCUCUUCCUUCACUUCUCCAGACAAAUCUCAUCAUCUCGAGUUCCCUCCUUCAACACCUGAAGACAACAACAACAUCAACUCUCACCAACCAGCUUCAAUCGAACAGAAUCAACCUUUCUUGUCUAGAUCUCCUUCUGUUCUUCACAGAAUCAAAUCUUUCAAUCUUUACAACUACAUUUCUCAAGAACCCACCAAUAUAGUCGAAGCUCCACCACCGUCGGUGACCGUUGAGUCAAAACAAGAACAAGAACCAGAACACGAACAAGAAGAAGAAGAAGAAGAAGAAGAGACAAGUCCGAGUCUCGAAGAGGUUUAUAGUAAACUCAAUCUAAACCAUGUCGCUAGGACAAAAUCUGACACUGAACCAGCUGCUGGAAUCAUACCUCCGAAGCUUCCAAAGAAGAUGAAGAAAUCAGCAAGCACGAAAUCUCCAUUCUCUCACUUUCAAGAAGAUGAAAUCUCCGUCGAGGCUCGUCGGCCAGCGACGGUUAAAGUGCCGAGAGUUACGACGGUGGAAGAAGCUGAUGAAGAAGUAGAUGCUAAAGCUGAUGACUUUAUCAACAGAUUCAAGCAUCAGUUGAAGUUGCAGAGGAUUGAUUCCAUUACCAAGUAUAAGGAGAUGGUGAAGAAAAGAAACGACAAGUGAACAACAAAAGAAAAACUCUUGGGGUUGUUUCUUAAUUAUGUAUUAAUUUGUGGACCUUUUUGAAAAUUCUUAAUUUUGUUUAGCUUUUUUUUUUUUAAUUUCAUCUUCACUGUAGAUUAUUAUCCCCAACUGGCUUUUUGUUGCCCGGAACUGUAUCUCUUUUUCUUUAUGACAAGAAAAAAAAAAACAAGAAAAGAGAGUUCGAGAAUCUUUUGUCUUUGUAAAUGGCUGAAGGGUUAUUUUCAUAAAUUCGAAACCAUGGUCCAUGAUUAAAGUUUGUUGCGUGGUGGUGAUGUUCUUAGAUCUGUGGAUGCUUGGCUGUGAAGCACGUGGAGUUCAAGUGUCAUGUCUUUUUAUUGUCAAUAAAGAUGAUAUGUUUGGUGAGCCAAUUAGAUUUCUUUUAAUUUGAAGAGGUCAAAACCGAGUGAUGUUACAGAGAUUUUGAAUCAUUAGAUGCUCGAUUCUAAUCAAGAGGAGAGUAAAUCCUCAUACACAUGUAGCCGUAAUUGGCAUCGUAUGAUGGUUUCUUCUUAAGUUUGUGAAUCGUGAUGGGAGGAAUUCUGUGGAGGGUGAAGAACAGUUUAGGAGAGCAAAGUUUUGCGACUAAUCUGACAUCUAACCAUCUCACGUUUUCCGGAGCUUCAUAGAUCUGAAGAUUCAUAAGACUCUGUUUCUUAAAACUCGGAGGAAGAUGCAUAAGGAAAAUGGUGAUAUUCGGAGCAAAAAGCUGAAGAACGACGGAUCCCUGAGCCGGAAAAGAUGAAUUUGUUAGUCGGAAUUUUUGGAUCUGAUCGGAGACUCGGCUCCGGUGGAAGGCGGCGUCGACUCGAUCGUUUUUCACCCCAACUUCGAAGUUUAACACGUGUUAAUACGUGUCCCUUUCUUAACCUAUUUGUGCUUAGCUGUUUUUUUUUGUAUUAGAGUUUUUAGGUUUAAGGAUUGGGCUUUAUGUGUUGGGCUCCGUAUUCACUUUGUAUCUCACUUUCAUACUGUCCAUUUUGGACUUAUUUUAAUGAAAGUUGCCGACAAAAAAAAAAUAUACAAA